ACAUAUUAACUAUGUGCCUGGCCCUAUUUUACUCCCAGGAGUUCGUGAACAAUGAACUUCUUCAUCUUCAUAAAAACCUAAGGAGUCAUUGAUAUUGUCACUGUGCUCCACUUCUCAGGUGAGCUUUACAGAGAUUUCACAGCAUUCCAAACAUACACAACUAGUGUGUUGCCGAAGCAGAACUCAGUCCUAAGUAGCUCAUUCCCCAUGUUUUUGCUCACUACCAGACAAUUCGGGAUGCUGAGCCAUACACUUAAUGGAACCAGAUAAUUAUUUGUUGAUUAAGUGAACAGUAUUAUCUCUUGGGAUUAUUGGAAGCAUCAAGCAAAUCACUAAAUUGCUUUGUAUCUUAACUUUCUGUUUCAUGACAAAAUAAUUGAAAUUUUUUCUUAAGAUCAAUUAGAGCACAGAGAAUUUAUCUAACUGCUAUGACUUUUUUGCCUUUAAAACAGUUUUGAUAAUGUAUAUUGAAGGCUAGUGGUUGAAGUAGGUGAUGAAUGAGAGAUUACAACAGUUCAUGAUAGACAACAAAGUCUUUUACAGCCUGAGAACAUGGCACACAAUGAUAAAACUUGCUUUCCUUCUAUGUGAACUUUAGCUCAGUCUUUGACCUCAUGUAGCUCAGUGAAUUAGAAUUUGUCUAUAGGAAACAAGAGUCAAAAUAAAUGAAACAUUAUGCAAGGCUUAGACUGUCUCUUUAAAAACUUAGAUGUUCCAAAUAUGUUUUCCUUUUGCAUUGCUGUAUUUCUGAUACCAAAAUCAUCACAACCCAGUUAAUAAGAACAUUGCAUUGUGUUCCCAGGAUCCUUAAUCCCUCGCUGCCAACUUCCUUCUCUAUUUCGACCUUGUAAAUUCCAAUUUGUCUCUCGUUAUUAAUAAACAUGGCACAGAAAUUAAUUCAAAAUAAGAUCUGUUACUGUUUACAGUUAGGGAAAUUAGAUGGUCCAAGAACCCUUGUCAUGUGGCUUUAAGUCUCUGAUCCUCUCUACCUUAGUCUCCUCGGCCAAAGGAGACUGUGGUACUGUGGGUUCACAAAGCUCCAGGGCAGUUGUAAGGGUUAGACAAGCUAGGGAAACUGCUUUGUAAACAAUACCAUGUUUUUGAAGAAAUUAAUUUCAAAGAUUACUUCCAAAAUGCCCCAAAGAUAGACAUUUACUUUUGUGUCAUAGCUAUGUGUAAAAUUAUCCAACACUGAUAGCCUCAGGACUUAAAUGCUCAGUAAUGUGUGAUUUCAGUUGCAAACUGAAUUACUGAAGAAGGGAAAAGGAUAUUGUUCUCCAGAAGCCUUGUGACCACGGGCCUAUACAGAUGAGCUGCUAAGGCCUAUGGAGGUGGUUUUUAGUUUUUCAAAUAGAAGUAAGACACUGGGACUGAUCGGGACAGCCAUUCUAUUGUCUGUAAGUAUUUAUUAAAGACUGAUGAACUGUGUGAUCUAGGGUGAAAGAUGAAGGGAACAUAAGGGCCUGUGUUCCUAUGAAUAAACCAAAGAGAAAGUUGUUGGCAAGUCGAACAAAUGGAUAGAGAAGAGCAUCCAGGUAACCGACAGUUGAAAGCAGCUGCGGAACCCACAAAGGUUUUCUAACGUUCUCCUUUCUGCUUUUAAGCUUUGGAAGAUAAAUUAGGGUCCAGUGAGGUGCACACAGGAGGUAAUGAAGGCUGUCGGGAGUGGCAGUUCCUCCAACCUAUUUAACUGGGAUCUUUCUAUGAUCACAGAAUGCACACCUUUCCCUAACCAACCAUCUGGCACCAUGUGGUCAGUCCUCCUAGUGGAUCUUGGAAGCAGGGUUUUCAGAGUGAAAAGAUGCGUAUUACUUCUGCUACAAAAACAAAACAAAAGAAAACACAGUGUGCUCGACUCUCUGUGGUCAGCAUCAUUUUCACAUGCCAAGACCAGAUUAUUAUAGGAGCAUAGACUGAGAACGUGCAGCUGGAUCUUAAUAAAUCAGAGCAAAGACACCACACUAGACAUUCCUAGGAAGCAUGCCCUGUCCUUCUGCUCUCCUUUGGGUGAGAGUGCAAAUGCUCUGCUCACCGUGGAUCUGUUGCUAAGAAUGUCACUGAGAAUUAUAUUUCUCCAAGGAAGCGCUGGUCUCUUCUAGCGUGUGGGUGGCCACAAUGGUGACAGGCUGCAGUAACCACCACCUAAAAAGGCCAAGGAAGACUCCAGAGAAAUGUGAGCAAAGCUGUAUUCCUCGCUCUCAGAUCACCUUUCCAAGAGAACCUGAAGUUCCACAGACCAGGCAAUAAAGCGAGAGUCCAUACUUCAUCUGGGGAUCGCAGUUGGGGGUGUGGGUUCUAAGAAACAUUCCUCAGACCAGUUUCUGAGCUGGGAAGUCAAGCGGGAACCGCGCAUUUCCUGCUUCGCUGCUCAAACCUCAGGCAGGGCCAAGCAGCAAGGAGGGCUCGGACUUGGGAGUCGCCCGCUGCUAGAGUGGGGUUUAGCGGUUUAGGAGAGGAGCCACGAGUUAGAGGGAUUCGAACAGAGUUACAUGAGAUCCCGCCCACUUAGGGUGCAGAAUUGUGGAGAAUGAGUCCCCGAAGUUAAUCUUGGGGAAAACUUUCUGAGGUCCUGUGGGAGAGCUGGGUGUAGCCAAGACUGCAGGGUCUGGCCUGAAGGUCCUGUAAAAUCGCCGAGGGGUCCUAUAUCUUUCUCUCCACUCUUUUCUUCGCUUUCUCUCCCCUCCUGGUCGCGAAUUUAGAUCUCCAUCCCGGACCCAAAGGGGACUGACCAAGGACCGGGGAUGGACGUGAAAGGUAGACAGGGGAGGAGUGACGGUGCCGGUUUAGUGCCCGGGUGCGACUUGCCAAUCCACGGCGUCGCUCUGCGUGGCCCUACCUGGGAGGUGCGGAGCCCUGGUCACGACGCUCCGCGCCGUGCACUUCCCUCGUGGCUCCUAGAGGCGGCCUCUGAAGCCCUGUUUUUAGGUGGAACAGGAGUACUAUUGUCUCUUUAUCUUAGAGCCUGCGGGGGUGCGGGCGGUGGGGGUGUCCCCAGGGUGACAGCCAGCGCUCUCCUUUCCGCCUCCAUGAACUUGUUCUCCAGAGACCAUGGACCUGCCUGGGUGCCCACAGGAUCCUGCGCAAUGAACUUGAGUGUCCUUUUACAAGCCCAGGCCAUCCAACACCAAAAAACCUCCCACAAAACCUGCGAAAAAUCACCGCUCACUCAGAGGCCUGCGGUAGAGCACUGCUUUGACUCUUCCUUUACCAGUUGAUCACCUACCCGCUUGCUACAGGCACCAAGCGGCCGCAGGCUCAGCUUCUUGUUACAUUAGUCGCUUCCUUGCCCAGCAAUUCGACCCUCGCGUUCUGCAUGGGGAUGUGGCUCCGUCAGUAGCCGCCCAGAAUUCCUGCAGUGUGCAAGCUGCAGCACACAGGCGCGCCAGGCUCAUACUCCAGAUACCCACCCCCACCCCAGUAAAUCUCUAGAGUUGAGAGAAGCAAGGCUUGCAGGAAGCCGCUCCGGAUGUUUGCUUCUUUACAUGUGGCAUUUGUGGCUGGCUUUGAUAACGUCGUGAGCUCCGUUUUCAACACUCAUUUAGUGAAGAAACUGAAAUAUGGUCUACACACACUGCGGGGCGGGUCUGCGGGGCGGUCGCCCCCAACACUCCUCUAAAAUAUCUGUCAAGAGAAUGGUCAGCAGAACUUAGAUCUAGGUUCCCUUCACCGAGCAAGAACAGGAGGGACCCAGGUAAAUUUGUGCAAAUACAUUUUCUAGACUUACGCCUGAAUUACCUUUCGGAGAAAUCAGUCAACAGAGAAGACAGAGAAAUGCAUUCUGGAUCCGGUACUGCUUUCAAUCUUCAUUCCAAACAAAACCCUUGGUUUAUAAAAGAUUUCACAGAAAGGGAAAAUUCAGUCCUGAGAUCUUUGAAAAGAUGUCUGUUAAGAGUCCACUGUGGAGGUCAGGGACUGUGAUACUGUGGAUGGGAGGCAGGAGGAUUACAUAGGGAGACCCUCUUCAAAACAAAUAACAAAAAAAAAAUUUUUUAAAGAGCACCUGGCUAGGGGAUUAAUUUGUAAUAUUGUUCUCUACCCCUAUGGUUCCCUUACUUACACAUUUGCAAUGCAAUUUUUGUUUUACUUUCAAGCCAAUAUGCUUUUCAGAAAAACAUAAAGCCUUAAGGAAAAGCACAUCAUCAGUUAAAUUUAAGAUCAAUGACUUUCAGAUCACCAAUUAAAAAUAACGUUUUCUCUAAUAUCUUGAAGCCGAUUGGCCCCCUCCCCUUUCGUAUGAACCUUCCAGACCUGGAGCUUCAAGGACUGCCACUGUUGCUGCAGCACAGCUACCAGCUGUAAACGGGAUGGAGAUUCACCAUUGCUUUACAACAUAACACAUUAAAGAAAAACUGGCUUUCAUACCCAGAGUUCUUUGUAGAAAAAGUAAUUCCAGAAACUGCAGGCCAAGAGUUAGCAAAAGCUCUGUGCUUUUUGGAAUCUGCAGUAAGCCAGACUUGCUCUCUGAAACAACACACAAGAAAGCCUCAACCAGUUGUCCCCACGGACACACGGACACACGCAGGACCACCCCCAGGCAGAGGAGUAAGUGAUCCUUUUCAAUCAGCCCUUCAUAGCAAACAAAAUCUGUUUUGGAAACUACUAUGUUGAGUCCCCUUCCUCCCGCCCUCGCUCCCUCUUUUCCUUCCUCUCUCUUUCAAGAGAGAAUUGCAUUUAGCUCAGGCUGGCCUCUGACUCCACAUGUAGCUGAGGGUGAUAUUGAACUUAUCUUUCUGCCUCCACUUCUCAAGUGCUCGAUUUGCAGAAUCACAGCCAUCACAUAGACUUUCUCCAGCUUGGUGAGUGGUUUGAGCUAUGUCCCCAGUCCUUCAAUUUUCCUCCCUUGAAAUUAUGCAAGUAUGACUAUGUUGGUUCUCUUAGAAAACAACACCAAUAUGCAAACUAACACGCAUGCAACUAUGAAUUGCAUACUUUUGGACUUCUGGUCUGAAGGUCGGCUGCUAGCUGUGAGUAACAUCCUCCCAAUGCAUGUACUAGCCUCCAGUCUAUUUCCUCUCCUGGUAACUAUAGCCCUACCUACUAGAGACUGGUUGGGGGCUAAAUUAAUUUGCUAAGGUUCGGAGGGUGCUGAGUGAGUAGCUGCUGGGAUAAUCACUCUAGACCGGCAUGUUUAGAAGCCCAGAGAAAAGUGCUUUCAGGUCUGGAGUAAAUUUAAGGGCACUGGUGGUUUUCUUUCCAGGGUUAAGAAAUAUAUAGAAAUGCUGUAACCAUCUGUCAGGGUAUGGAUUUUGCUGCUUAAAUGGGCUGACCCUUUUCCUCCAACGAACAUCACAGUGCUGCUGUUUUUGCAUUUUAUUUUAUAUUUUAUUUUUGUGGUGUUUGGGAUGGAACCAUGGCCUCUUACAAGUCUUUAGAAAUAAUACCAAAUCUUGCCUCUUUUACUGAACACACGCCAGCAGUUUUUGUUAUAUGUAUUUUAUGUUUAAUACAGAAAUUCCCAAGGGUUGACUUGAACUUUUAACUCAUUGAGUAGUGAAAUGUCGGUGACGUACAUUUUAUAUUAAACUUUGGUUUUAAAAAAUACAAUUUACCUUCGACAUUUUUAAUAUAAUGUAAGCAUGAUGAGUUCUUGGGAGAACAACAGUAUUUUUUUUUCUCUGAAAAACCAUAUGAAGGUAAUUGCCUCCGGUAAUUUUUUUUUAUUGGAAUGGAUACCUAGUAUGUUAAUGUGAACUACCUUGUGGCUAGUACUUCAAUAUUCCGGUACAGUGAGCACCCCUAGACAGCUGAAUUUCAGCACUCCUAUUUCCCAAGACGGAGAGGACUUGGCGCCAGAGCCUGGCUCCAGCCAGUUUCUCCCCCCGGCAGGUGUAGUCCUAGUGCUCCUUCUCCGGGGGAGGGGAAAAGGGCGGGUGCGGGGCUGAACUGGGACUUGGGACUCGGACCACCGGCUGGGCGGGGGCCUAAGGACUAGGGUCCGGCCCGCCCCCGCCGCGCCAUUGGCCGCAUCUAUAAAGAAAAGGGCCGGCGGCUGGGGGACACCCUCAGUGUCACCGGUGAGUUAGGCAUAGCCCGGAGAGCAGCGGGAGGUUCGAGCCCGCGCGGACUCCGCGCGUUCCUCUGGGCGUCUCUAGGCUAGCUCCCCAUUCCUGCCUCGAAGUCGGGGGAAGCGGCGUGUCCGGUGGCAGGUAGCGGAGCUCGGGGUCGGUCUGGAGCGCCAUGAGCAGCCCGGAUGCGGGAUACGCCAGUGACGACCAGAGCCAGCCCCGGAGCGCGCUGCCCGCGGUGAUGGCCGGGUUGGGCCCCUGCCCCUGGGCCGAGUCCCUGAGCCCCGUCGGGGACGUAAAGGUGAAAGGCGAAGUGGUGGCGAGUAGCGGGGCGCCAGCCGGGACCUCGAGUCGAGCCAAGACUGAGUCUCGCAUCCGGCGGCCGAUGAACGCCUUUAUGGUGUGGGCCAAAGACGAGCGCAAGCGUCUGGCACAACAGAACCCGGAUCUGCACAACGCAGAGCUGAGCAAGAUGCUAGGCAAGUCCUGGAAGGCACUGACGUUGGCGGAGAAGCGGCCCUUCGUGGAGGAGGCCGAGCGGCUGCGCGUGCAGCACAUGCAGGAUCACCCCAACUACAAGUACCGGCCGAGGCGGCGCAAGCAGGUGAAGCGCAUGAAGCGGGUGGAGGGAGGCUUCCUGCACGCUCUGGCCGAGCCUCAGGCCGGCGCGCUGGGCCCCGAGGGCGGUCGCGUGGCCAUGGACGGCCUGGGCCUUCCUUUCCCGGAGCCGGGGUUCGCGGCCGGCCCGCCGCUGCUGCCCCCGCACAUGGGCGCCCACUACCGCGACUGCCAGGGCCUAGGCGCUCCUGCGCUCGACGGCUACACUCUGCCCACUCCGGACACAUCCCCGCUGGAUGGCGUGGAGCAGGACCCGGCCUUCUUCGCUGCCCCGCUGCCGGGAGACUGCCCGGGGGCCAGCGCUUACACUUACGCGCAGGUCUCGGACUACACGGUGCCCGCCGAGCCGCCCGCUGGCUCCAUGCGAGUGGGGCCAGAACCCUCGGGUCCUGCGAUGCCGGGGAUUCUGGCGCCCCCCAGUGCCCUGCACCUGUACUACGGCGCCAUGGGCUCCCCCGCCGCAAGCGCGGGGCGCGGUUUCCAUGCGCAGCCCCAGCAGCAGCUGCAACCCCAAGCACCUCCGCAGCCGCCGCCGCAGCACCCGGCGCACGGCCCGGGGCAGCCUUCGCCUCCUCCUGAGGCUCUGCCCUGCCGGGAUGGCACGGACCCCAGCCAGACCACCGAGCUCCUAGGGGAGGUGGACCGCACGGAAUUCGAACAGUAUCUGCACUUUGUGUACAAGCCCGAGAUGGGUCUUCCCUACCAGGGACACGACUGCAGCGUGAACCUCUCGGACAGCCACGGAGCCAUUUCCUCAGUGGUGUCCGACGCUAGCUCGGCUGUCUACUACUGCAACUACCCUGACAUGUGACGGUUGCCCACCAGGCCUGCGGGCCAGAAGCAGUGUUACACACUUCCUGGAAGCGCUAAGGAAAUCCUUAGCGUCAAGCUGUUUUGUUUUUAAGUUGCCUUGGCAUAUAAUUUAUGGUAAUUUAUUUUGUCUGCCACUUGAACAGUUGAGGGGCUAUAUGAGAUUUUUUAAAAAGUGUAUCGAGGGACUUGUUCCCCCAUACCACUGGUCCAGUUUCAACCAGUUUCUUAAUGUCUCACCAACUUAUUCCAUUUCUCGAAAGUGUUUUGAUCCAAAGAAAUUUUGUUCUUCAUUUUUUUUCAAUCUUCGAAAAUGUUUUGAUGCAAAGAAUUUUUGUCCUUACUGGUUUUUUUUCAAUUUUAAGAAAAUUAAAAUCUAGAAUCUUUUUAAAAAUCAAUCUAUCACAUUGGUUUUAUAGGAAAUUAAUUUAAAGAUACAGUGAACAUUCUACAAUUAGAAGUGUAUAGCUAAUUGUAAAAUUUUCAUUUUCUUAUAAUGGUACACCUAAAUACUUUCAAUAAGCCCUAAAUAUACAAUUGAAAUGUUCAGAUGUGAUAUAAUUGUUCAACUACAAAAAGAUUUCUCACAGAAUGAACUUGCUUUGUACACUCCAAAUGAUAUUGAUUCCUAAAAAUAAUGUUGUAAAUGUUUAUAAUUCUGUUUUUUUUUUUCAGUCAUAGUCUUGAGACCUGCCUAAAGGAACUUUUCAGAUAUAUAUGUUUGUCUUUUCUUCCAAAAGUCUUGGUCCCUCCUUUCACAAAAUUUGCCUUUAAUCCCCACAUUUUUAAGAGUCACAGGAACUAAUCAAAAUAAAAUUUGUUUUGUGACUGUUA